AUGUCGCUUCAUCUCUGGGGUGCACCGUUCGACGCAGAGUCUCUUGCGGCGGCGACUUUUGUUGCUGCAAAUUGCAAACACAAUGAGAUUGAAGUGCUAUAUGACUCCAACUACUUUCUGUCGCCAAACGGCAAGUUGCCGGUCCUCCUGGAUGGAGAUCUUGUCCUUGAAGGUUACAAAGAGAUCGUCAACCAUCUGAUCCGCAAACACAAUCUUUUCUCCUUCUCGGUGGAACAGAAACUGCUGGACCAAGGUCUCAUUGAGCAUUUGCUCAAUAAGCUCGAGGUUGUCAGCUGCUACAACUACUUUCUUAAUGAGGACAAUUUCGAAGGCUACACUAGAGGGAUCUUCAAAAAGAUAAUACCCUUUCCAUUCCAAUAUAUACCGCCCCUCAACCUCAAAGCCCGUGCUGCGGCCAUUUGCGAGACCGCAGGCAUAUCAGCAACAGAAGAGUCAAGCCAACUACGUCAGCUCAAGGAGCGAGAAAAAAGCUUGAAGGAAACCCCAACCCUGUCAAACUUUGAUCAGUCUCAGAGAAAUGCCUCUCUCAAAAUGGUUCUUGACCAAAUGGACAUCCUCACCAACCUGAGAUGCGUAUCGUUGUUGGAAGAGACGAUCAAAUUAGUGAAAGACCUUGACCUACCGAAAUCAUAUCCCUCGUCCAUUCUCAUGGACGCUUACAUCCAGUGCAACACUGAUCCAAACUUGAAGACCGACUUUGUCCUCAGAUACCUGAGAUCGUCGCAUCCAGACCUCCUGCAGUCCCGUCAAGAUAUACAACCACAGCCUGUCUCUUUUGUCACUGCAGUCCAGUCCCUGGCGCGGAACUACCUCUGA